AUGAACAACUCUCCCUUGGAGAACCAUAGAAAGGAUCAGCUCGAUCCUUCCGCGCCAGGCAAAGUGGCCGCGCGAAAGAAAAUCCGACCCACUUAUUCAUGCUUAAAUUGCCAUAAACGCAAAGUUAAGUGCGACCGAGUCAAGCCAUGUGGUGCUUGCUGUUUACGGGGAACUCCCUCGGAGUGUGAUUAUGGCACCAGCAAGCGAGAUCGCCAGUAUAUCCAACAGGCCACCCUCAUCGACAAUCUGCUACGCUCGUGUGAAAGUCUCAAACAGCAACUAGCUGAGGCACGUCAGCUAGCCAACAUACCUGCCACGAAGACCGAGGAGGAGCCUCCAGCGAGUAGGAAAUCACUUCUCACAUUGGAAGAGUCGACCGAUCGGGACAAUGGAGAUUCGCUCGAGGAGCCGGAUCUCGCUGUGGGAGACGCCGAGCAUCCAUACUUCAUCUCUUCCACUGCUAUGGUACUUAGCGAAGGUUCUGAACGCAGCAGAUGUCGACAAUGUCACGGGUUAUCUCCGAUUCUGAAAGAAAAGCGUAUCCUGACUGACCCGAUGGCAGCUGGUGUGGCACUGGAGUUCUUCGUCGAACGUUUGAUCGACAACUUCAGUCCGGCCAAUGUCAGCGGCACCAUUGCACUACGUGAGGCCAAGGAGAUGCGAAUUCUUUCACCGAUCCUCUAUAAGGCAUUCGAGGCAGCGUCACUAACCUUUGCCGGCCGACAAUACCAAAACAAAGCUCUCGAAGUAGCAGGCCAUUCUAAAUAUAUCAACGUACUUCAUCUCCUACAGACUGCGCUGCAUGACCCUCAGGGUAACCAGUCUACCGAGAUCUUAUUGGUAGUAUUGUUGUCUACCAUUAUCGAGGCUUUCAAACAGACAUCUGUAACGUCCAUUCUUCGACACCAACUGGGCGGCUUAGCGCUCCUGCGGGCACGCACCCCCUAUCGCCACCGGCAUGGAGUCGAGAGAUCUUUGUUUGUCGAUCUCCGACUUUACUGGGUAACUGCUGCGCUGGUACAUCGCAAACCGACCUUUCUCUCGUCGAAGGAAUGGCUCACUGUUCCGUGGUCCUGCGAUGGACCUCCGAAAGAUAUCCUCCAACGGCUCCUAGACGUUGCAGUUCAUAUCCCGGGCUAUCUCGCACAAAUCGAUGAGUUUCAGGUGGCAUUAAGGGAGUCGGCAAUCCCACCAUCUGAGUUAGUCACCAUGCAGUCCGCCAUCUGGGUCCGCGCCCUGGAAUUGCAGAGCAUGCUCCACACUUGGAAGUGUACCUACGCCGACACGUAUGAAGGAGGCGGACCAAGCGAGGAUUCCAGCCUCGAUACCAGCAGUGACGAUCUGAGAGAUGAGGGCGCCAGCAGCGGCGGGGUCUUUCCCGUCUUCUUGUGUCGCGACCCCAGCACAAUGCAAAUCGCCGCAGCCACGAACUUGGUGUAUCCGGAUCUCUUACUCGCCACCUCGAUGUGCUACUACUGGGCGCUGAACCUCGUGAUCUCCGCCACCGACACCGGGCUGGUCAGCGUCCUCGGCCUGCAGGAACGCUACCAGUACGCCUGCAACAUCUGCCGUAGCAUGAAGUACUACACCCAGAUGGUUCCGGGCUGCCUAGUCUCGCGGAUCAUGUUCGUGCUCCGCACCGCGUUCGACAGCUUCCCCGAUGGCAUGGUGGAGAAGGAGUCCAUGUCGGAGUUGUUCGCGUAUAUUGGCCGUCGCUUUGCAUUUCCCGUCUUCUCGAAUCAAUGUACCUCGUUCUCGGUAAGGGCAGAAUGUGAAUGA